CGCUGUGUGAUUUGCCUCACGUGGAAGUCAGUCCGGGGAGACGCUGUGAGGUUAUGGUUCAGUGGCUGUAGAUACAAUAUUGUUACAGCUCUAAAUCCGCUCUCUGUACAACGGGGACCACGGGGUGUAGUGAGGUCGAUCGCCUGGACUCCUGAUAAAAUAAAUCUAUACGUACGACAUCGUUGUACAGUGGCAGUCAAGAAUAAUGACAGGGAAGGAACUAGCUCAAUUCAAUCCUUCAAGAUGGUGGCAAAGAUAUCAACCGAUUAGCCGUGUCAAAUAAAAACAUCACCUCAAGAUGAACCAGACGGAAUUCCUGGAGCCACGGAGCAAUGUGUCCGUCAGUAGGAUAGUCUCCAUGGCCGUCCCUUCCGUCAUGUUCGCGGCGGGGGUCCUGGGGAACAGUCUGGCCCUGGUGGUGCUGUACAGUUCCCGCAAACAGCAGAAACAAUCCGUGUUUUACCGCCUAGUUGGAGCUCUGGCCAUCACCGAUCUAUUGGGGACGUGCGCUACCUCGCCCAUCAUUCUGUUAGUGUAUGCCAAUGGACUAAAGUGGCAGGGCGGACGGCCGCUAUGCAACUAUGCUUCUUUUAUGAUGAUAUUUGCAGGGCUGGCAACCAUAUUCAUUCUGGCCGCAAUGGCCAUGGACCGGUAUCUUGCUCUAAAUAAACCUUAUUUUUACAGCGCCCAUGUGAACCCGUCCCGGGUGAAAUACGUGUUUCCAAUAUUGUUAACCGCAGCCCUAGUGAUGGCCUGUCUCCCUCUCAUCGGGGUAGGGGACAACGUCCACCAUUUCCCGGGGACCUGGUGUUUUUUCGAUUAUUACGGGGCCACCUUCCGGGUGAAAUUAUUCGCCUAUAUGUACAGUGUGUUAGGACUUAGUGCGCUCACUGUGAUUAUCAUUCUCAACUUUGUGGUCCUCCGAACUGUCUUGUCUCUUCACCGUAAGGCCUGCGAGAUUCAGAUGGUGGUGUUUUUAAUCGGAAUUUUGACCAUAGUCAGUGUGUGCUGGGCGCCACUCAUGAUUCGAGUCUUUCUUAUACAGACAGGCCUCAAAGAGAAAGACGUUAUUCGAGAUUUGAUAUUCAUUCGAAUGGCUUCAUUCAAUCAAAUCAUGGACCCUUGGGUGUAUAUUUUGUUUCGUAAAACUCUAUUGACCAGAAUAAUUCAGUUCAUAAAAGUUCACCUGUGCUUACAAAGAAAACAAAUAAGCUCCAAAGUGCCGGGUGUAGGAGAUAUUGAGGCGAUAUCGCGGGUGAGGCAGGGUGAGUUGAGCCAACAAUCUUGCAACAACGGAGCUGGUGAACCAUUCCUCAGUAAAUCCACAGGAGAAACCCUUUCUUAGAUGGAUUGAUUCUGACCAAAUACUUUCCUGUUUUUCGCCGUUGUAAAGAAUUUUCGGCCAGACCAGACGCGAUUGAUAAAUCGUUCGCUACAAACAAACUCAGGCGACAGUAGCUGAGAUUUGGAUGUUUGUGAAUGUGAUUUAACCACUUACUGUGUUCAAGAUGGACAAUGCUCUAAAAUGGGAGAUGUAAAAAUAAUUUUAUUAAUAAAAAAAAUACAAGAAAAUGUUAAAUAAAGUAAAUAAGAUAAAUCAUCAUAUAAAUAC